AUGGCUCUGCAGGUCUGCAACACUGCUCUACCCACUACCACCCUGCUCUACCCACUGCCACCCUGCUCUACCCACUGCCACCCUGCUCUACCCACUGCCACCCUGCUCUACCCACUGCCACCCUGCUCUACCCACUGCCACCCUGCUCUACCCACUGCCACCCUGCUCUACCCACUACCACCCUGCUCUACCCACUACCACCCUGCUCUACCCACUACCACCCUGCUCUACCCACUACCACCCUGCUCUACCCACUGCCACCCUGCUCUACACACUACCACCCUGCUCUACCCACUACCACCCUGCUCUACCCACUGCCACCCUUCUCUACCCACUACCAACCUGCUCUACCCACUACCACCCUGCUCUACCCACUACACCCUGCUCUACCCACUGCCACCCUGCUCUACCCACUGCCACCCUGCUCUACCCACUGCCACCCCUGCUCUACCCACUACCACCCUGCUCUACCCACUACCACCCUGCUCUACCCACUACCACCCUGCUCUACCCACUGCUCUACCCACUACCACCCUGCUCUACCCACUACCACCCUGCUCUACCCACUACCACCCUGCUCUACCCACUGCCACCCUGCUCUACCCACUGCCACCCUGCUCUACCCACUACCACCCUGAUCUACACACUGCCACCCCUGCUCUACCCACUGCCACCCUGUUCUUCCCACUGCCACCCUGCUCUUCCCACUGCCACCCCUGCUCUACCCACUACCACCCUGCUCUGCCCACUACCACCCUGCUCUUCCCACUGCCACCCUGCUCUACCCACUGCCACCCUGCUCUACCCACUGCCACCCUGCUCUACCCACUACCACCCUGCUCUACCCACUACCACCCUGCUCUUCCCACUACCACCCUGCUCUACCCACUGCCACCCUGCUCUUCCCACUACCACCCUGCUCUACCCACUACCACCUUGCUAUACCCACUGCCACCCUGCUCUUCCCACUGCCACCCUGCUCUACCCACUGCCACCCUGCUCUACCCACUGCCACCCUGCUCUUCCCACUACCACCCUGCUCUACCCAUCUACUCUGUACUGUUUGUGGAGGCUAUUGUCUUAGAGCUGCAGAAUGCUCCUCCAGAGGACUAUACAAACUGUACACCACAGGGGGUUGAGGGCACCUUCAAUGGAGAGGAGGAGCUCAGGACACAAAGGGUGUCCCAAUGUGAGAGAAGCAGGAGCAGCACCAGUCCACCACGACUCUCCCCAGUCCACCACGACUCUCCCCAGCCCACCACGGGCUCUCCCCAGCCCCUCACGACUCUCCCCAGCCCACCACGGGCUCUCCCCAGCCCACCACGGGCUCUCCCCAGCCCCUCACGACUCUCCCCAGUCCACCACGACUCUCCCCAGUCCACCACGACUCUCCCCAGCCCCUCACGACUCUCCCCAGUCCACCACGGGCUCUCCUCAGCCCACCACGGCUCUCCCCAGCCCACCACGGCUCUCCCCAGCCCACCACGGCUCUCCCCAGCCCACCACGGGCUCUCCCCAGCCCACCACGGGCUCUCCCCAGCCCACCACGGGCUCUCCCCAGCCCACCACGGGCCCUCCCCAGCCCACCACGGGCCCUCCCCAGCCCACCACGGCUCUCCCCAGCCCACCGCGACUCUCCCCAGCCCACCACGGACCCUUCCCAGCCCACCAUGGGCUCUCCCCAGCCCACCACGGCUCUCCUCAGCCCACCACGGCUCUCCUCAGCCCACCACGGCUCUCCCCAGCCCACCACGGGCUCUCCCCAGCCCACCACGGCUCUCCCCAGCCCACCACGGGCUCUCCCCAGCCCACCACGGGCUCUCCCCAGCCCACCACGGGCCCUUCCCAGCCCACCACGGGCCCUUCCCAGCCCACCACGACUCUCCCCAGCCCACCACGGGCUCUCCCCAGCCCACCACGGGCUCUCCCCAGCCCACCACGGCUCUCCCCAGCCCACCACGGGCCCUUCCCAGCCCACCACGGGCCCUUCCCAGCCCACCACGACUCUCCCCAGCCCACCACGACUCUCCCCAGCCCACCACGGGCCCUCCCCAGUCCACCACGGGCCCUCCCCAGCCCACCACGGGCCCUUCCCAGCCCACCACAGGCCCUCCCCAGUCCACCACGGGCCCUUCCCAGUCCACCACGGGCCCUCCCCAGCCCACCACGGGCCCUUCCCAGCCCACCACAGGCCCUCCCCAGCCCACCUAA